UACUUGAAGGAUAGUUCUUCAGAGGAAUGAUCUCACUGGUAGAUUGGGUAAACAUUAAAUGAUGGACAGUAAUCCAAACUGUUGAUUUCUCGGGAAAUGAUGAACUGAUGAUGUCAAGAUGAUACGAAGGUUUUAAGCAAACUGACAACCAAGCCGCAGGAGUAGUGACAUGGCCGCUGAUGACAAGUCCUCCUCCUCGUCCUCCACCCUGGACUGGGUUCCGGAGCCGCCACCAUCCCCGGUGCCAACCAGCCCGUCCCACUUGACGCACUUCAAGCCGCUGAGCCCCGAGCAGGAGGAACCUCCCCUGCGCUCGGCCUACAGCUCCUUUGUCAGCCUGUUCCGCUUCAGCAAGGAUGUGCGGCCCCCAGCUGUGGCAGGGAAGUCCGAAUCAGCGUCACCUUCUCCGCAGGGAGAACGGCGGAAGUGGAGUAGUCCUACACACUCCCUCCACAGCACCGGCUCCCUCAGGAAGCCGCACCCUGAGCUCAUACGACGCACCUCCAGCACCUCAGUGGAUUGGGAAGAUGGGAGGCGUAAGUCCGAGACCCCUCUAGGUACCCAUGACCCGCGCACAGCCGUACAGUUACGCACAGCCCUGAAGAGACUGAAGGAGAUCAUGGAGGGGAAAAGCCAGGACAGUGACUUGAAGCAGUACUGGAUGCCGGACAGCCAGUGUAAGGAGUGCUACGACUGCAACGAGAAGUUCACCACCUUCCGUCGUCGCCACCACUGCCGUCUGUGCGGACAGAUCUUCUGUAGCCGCUGCUGCAACCAGGAAAUCCCUGGCAAGUUCAUGGGAUACACGGGUGACCUUCGCGCCUGUACAUACUGCCGUAAGAUCGCUCUGAGCUACGCACACUCGACCGACUCGGGCACCAUUGGUGAGGACCUGAGCGCCCUGUCGGACUCGCCGGUGUCUGUGUGCGUGCUGGAGCCCAGCGAGCCGCGCACGCCUGUCGGGGGCCGCAAGGCCAGCCGCAACAUCUUCCUGGAGGAGGACACCACCUGGCAGAGAAAAACUCCCAUUGGGAUGAGAAAGAAUUUGAUCCAUCAGGAAACCCAGGUUAGUGGACUGAACUCCAGGCUGACCGGAGUCCAAGAAGACGUGGGGAAGUCUCCCGCAAGGAAGAGGUCAGCCAGCGUGACCAACCUGUCUCUGGAUCGCUCGGGCUCCUCCAUGGUGCCCUCGUACGACAGUUCGGUCAGCCCCCAGACCAGUCGUGCCAUGCCUAAGCCUGACCACAGCGAGGAGGAGAGAAAGAUACUACUGAGUAGGGCAAGCGCUAAUAAAAAGUGGUUUGACCAGAAAUUGGAGUGGAAGAAAAGAGUGAUGAGGGACUCGUCCCAACUCAAAGACCUCUGGAAGAAGAUCUGCCACAACAGUACGGGCAUGGAGUUUCAGGACCACCGUUACUGGCUGCGGACCUACCCCAACUGCAUUGUGGGAAAGGAACUGGUCAACUGGCUCCUGCGGAAUGGAACCGUUUCAACCAGAGCCCAAGCCAUUGCUAUUGGACAGGCUUUAGUGGACGGGCGCUGGCUUGACUGUCUUACCCACCACGAUCAGGUCUUCCGUGAUGAGUAUGCCCUUUACCGCCCCCUGCAGAACACAGAGUUCUCAGAGACGCCGUCUCCAGACAGUGACAGCGUGAACUCUCUGGAGGGCCACUCCGAGCCCUCCUGGUUUAAGGACAUCAAGUUCGACGACAGCGACACUGAGCAGCUGGUUGAUGAGAACGACUAUACAAUGCCCAGUUCCUCUAGCCCCAGUAAGAGAACGUCAGUGAGCAGUUUUCAGUCUGCGGUGGACAGUGACUCGGCAGCCUCCAUCAACCUCAACAUGGAGCAGGACAACGUCAACUUUCACAUCAAGAAGCAGUCCAAGUACCCCCACGUGCCUCAGCCUGCCGAGAAAACUGAGGUCCUAGUGUCUGAGGAUGGUCAGAACAUUUCCAUCAGUGAUGCCUUCAUCAAAGAAUCCCUGUUUAAUCGUCGUGUGGAGGAGAAGGCCAAGGAGAUGCUCUUCACUCCACUGGGAUGGCACCACAGCUCCCUGGACCAGCUCAGAGAGGAGAAUGGGGAGAAGAAGGCCAUGGAGAGGCUGCUCUCUGCCAACCACAGCCACAUGAUGGCGCUGCUCCAGCAGCUGUUGUACAGCGAGUCCCUGUCGCUAUCCUGGAGAGACAUCAUCGUGCCCGUGGUUCGGCAGGUGGUGCAGACGGUGCGGCCAGACGUGCGCAGCUGUGACGACGACAUGGACAUCCGUCAGCUGGUCCACAUUAAGAAGGUUUCAGGAGGGAAGAAGUUUGAUUCAACUGUGGUAAAUGGUUUUGUGUGUACAAAGAAUAUUGCGCACAAAAAGAUGAACUCCUAUAUCAAAAACCCCAAGAUCUUGCUGCUGAAAUGUUCAAUUGAAUAUCUGUACAGAGAAGAAACCAAAUUUACUAGCAUUGAUCCAAUAGUCUUACAGGAGCGUGAGUUCCUCAAGAACUACGUCCAGCGCAUUGUGGACGUGCGGCCGAACCUGGUGCUGGUGGAAAAAACUGUGUCUCGCAUCGCCCAGGAUAUGCUGCUGGAGCACGGGAUCACUCUGGUCAUCAACGUGAAACCUCAAGUGCUGGACCGAGUGAGCCGCAUGACGCAAGGGGACCUGGUCAUGUCCAUGGACCAGCUGCUGACCAAGCCUCGGCUGGGCACUUGCCUAAAGUUUUACAUGCACUCCUUCCAGCUGGCCAACAGUACGUCUGCUCCCCUCGCGGAUGAUCAGAAGACCCUGAUGUUUUUCGAAGGCUGCCCCCCUCAACUGGGCUGCACUAUUAAACUCCGAGGCGCCUCUGAGUACGAGCUGGCGCGUGUGAAGGACAUCAUUCGCCUGAUGAUCUGUGUGGCCUACCACUCGCAGCUGGAGAUCUCCUUCCUCAUGGACGAGUUCGCCAUGCCUCCCAGCCUCACCAAGAGCACCUCCUUCCCCUGUCUGCUGGAGAGCACCACAGGAGAGGAGGAGGAGGAGGAAGAGGAGGAGGAGGAGGGUCAGAAAGGGAUGGUCCAAGGAAACGGAUAUGUGGCUGACCAGAGUGACGUCUCCCAGGUCACAGACAGUGACGUGGUGCUUGAUGAGUCCAGGAGCUCCCACUCCAGGGUACAGUCCGUGUCCGAGUCGUCGAGCAAGGACCAGGAGAGCCCCAGGGCCGAUGUGAACGACACCGUUGGCUUGGUAGCCGACUGCGAAGGCACUGACUCGGGCUGUAAGACGUCCACUCCGCUGUCCUUCACCUCCUCCAACCCUGCCUCCGUGCCGCCGCCCUACCUGAUCUCCGACCUUGAGGAGCUGGCCGACGAGGAGGGGCUGCCGCAAGUGGCCCAAAAUGACGCUGGUGGGACGAAGGAAGGCACCCUGGUUCACGCCGACGAUAACGAUAAUGGCACCAGCACUGGCACCGUCGCCUCGGGCUCGGACACGCCACCGACGCGCCUUUUCCGUGACCCCCUGCAGGACGACACGGGGCUGUUUGUCACCGAGCACGUGGCCUCGUCCGACGACCGGCUCAAGUCGAUAUCGGCGUGCUUCCGGCAGGAGCUGAAGGACAUCAUCCUGUGCAUCUCGCCGUUUGUCACCUUCCGCGAGCCCUUUCUGCUCACGGCCCCCGGUCUGCGUUGUCCGAGCCGCGACUACUUCCCCGAGCAUGUUUACCUCUCGCCGCUCCUCAACAAGGACUUCAAGGAGCUGGACGGGCGCCGCAAGAGGCAGCUGCUGAAGGACUCCGCCGUGGCGGCGUCGGCAGGAUCCGGAACGCCGGGGGCGUCACUGACCAACGGCGUCGGGGGUGGGGGGCCGCGGCCCAUCCAGGUGCUGCCCUCGCACCCGCUGACCAGCGCGCGCAUUGCCGAGCAGGUGAGCUGCAGCCAGGAGCUAGCGCGCAUGCUGGCCGACUACCGGGCGCAGGGCGGACGCAUCCGCCAGCGGGACGACCCCUUCUCCAACCCCCAGCAGCAGGCCAGGGAGAACCAGAGCGCCAGGGCGCCGGUCAAGGCCGACAGCGAGGAGGAGAAGUCGUCAGGGCAGACAGACAUCACCUGGGCCACCAAACUGGACUGCCUGAACCCCAUCAAUCAUCAGCGUUUGUGCGUGCUCUUCAGUAGCUCAUCAGCGCAGUCGAACAAUGCACCCAACCCCUGCGUCAGCCCCUGGAUUGUGACAAUGGAAUUCUAUGGAAAGAAUGACUUGACUCUUGGUAUCUUUUUGGAGAGAUACUGUUUUAGGCCUUCUUACCAGUGCCCUAGUAUGUUCUGUGAAACUCCCAUGGUACACCAUAUUCGGCGUUUUGUGCAUGGCAACGGGUGUGUCCAGAUCGUUCUGAAGGAGCUGGAUUCACCUGUGCCAGGCUACCAGCACACCAUCCUCAAUUACUCCUGGUGCCGCAUCUGCAAACAGGUGACCCCAGUAGUACCCCUGUCCAAUGACUCCUGGUCCAUGUCUUUUGCAAAAUACCUGGAGCUGCGUUUCUACGGACACCAGUACACGCGCCGUGCCAACGCUGAGCCCUGUGGCCACUCCAUCCAUAAGGACUACCACCAGUACUUCUCCUACAACCAGAUGGUGGCCUCCUUCAGCUACAUACCAGUGCGCCUUCUGGAGAUUUGCCUCCCUCCUCAAAAGAUCAUCAUCAGGAACCAGGGCCCCUCUAAAAAUUGCAUGCAACAGGACCUCAAGGACUUCUUACUGAAGGUAUCUCAAGUGUAUCUGGCCAUAGAUGACCGUCUCACCUCCCUGAAGACGGACACCUUCAGCAAGACCCGAGAGGAGAAGAUGGAAGAUCUGUUUGCACAGAAAGAUAUGGAGGAGGCAGAGCUGCGCGGCUGGAUUGAGAAGCUGCAGGCCCGUCUGCAGGCCACAGCGCUGGAGUCCCCUCACCAGCUGCAGGUCGUGCUCGAGUCCGUGGUGGUCAAGAAGCAGAGCCUCUGUGAGACCCUGCAGUCUUGGAACGGCAGACUGCAGGACCUGUUCCAGCAGGAGAAGGGGAGGAAACGUCUGUCUGUUCCACCCAGUCCAGGGAGACACAGGCAGACCGAGGACAGCAAGACGAGCGCACACGAGUCCUCACCCCGAAACCCCUCCCCUAUGGUCCAAAAUGGAGACAAGGAGGAUCGUCACCUGAGCACAUUGCCCUCGACCUCAGGCUCCAUCUCCCUGGCACUGCCGUCUCCUGGAGACACCGGCUCCGAGAUCGCCACCAUUGGACCCUCCUUUGCUGACCAGGACUCUGUCAGCAUCCCAGAAGAUGUGUUUGACGGACACCUGUUGGGUUCCAAUGACAGCCAAGUGAAGGAGAAGUCCACCAUGAAAACCAUUCUGGCCAACCUGCUACCUGGCAACAGCUACAACCCCAUCCCCUUUCCUUUUGACCCAGACAAGCACUACCUGAUGUACGAGCAUGAGCGCGUCCCCAUCGCUGUGUGUGAGCGUGAGCCCAGCUCCAUCAUCGCCUUCGCCCUCAGUUGUAAGGAGUACAAGACGGCCCUGGAGGAGCUGGCUAAAACCACAGCAAAGCCAGGCAGUGAGGAAGCCAUGCAGACCAGCAGUGUUGGAGAGAGUCGUGCCAAGAGUAGCCCUGCAAAGCCCAACGAGUCCAUCUCCUCUCAGAUUGGACGCAUCACUGUAGACUCAGACCCUUUGAAAGAGAUAGAUGGAGGAGACAAACAGAAGAAGCAAGCGGGCAACCCUCACAUUGAGCUCCAGUUCUCAGAUGCCAACGCCAAGUUCUACUGCCGGAUCUACUACGCAGAGGAGUUCCACAAGAUGCGGGACGAGAUCAUGGAGAGCACGGAGGAGGACUUUGUGCGCUCGCUGUCCCACUGCGUCAACUGGCAGGCCCGCGGCGGCAAGUCUGGAGCCGUCUUCUACGCCACCGAAGAUGACCGUUUCAUUCUGAAACAGAUGCCCCGGCUGGAGGUGCAGUCCUUCCUAGACUUUGCUCCUCACUACUUCACCUACAUCACGGGCGCUGUGCAGCAGAAGCGUCCCACUGCCCUGGCCAAGAUCCUGGGUGUGUACCGCAUCGGCUACAAGAACUCCCAGAACAACACAGAGAAGAAGCUGGACCUGCUGGUCAUGGAGAACCUGUUCUAUGGUCGCAAGAUGGCGCAGGUGUUCGACCUGAAGGGCUCGCUGCGGAAUCGCAACGUGAAGACGGAGCAGGGCAAGGAGAGCUGCGAGGUGCUGCUAGACGAGAACCUGCUCAAGCUGGUACACGACAACCCGCUGUACAUCCGCUCGCACUGCAAGGCCAUCCUGCGCGCCGCCAUUCACAGCGACGCCUACUUUCUGUCCAGCCACCUCAUCAUCGACUACUCGCUGCUGGUGGGUCGCGACGACACCACCGACCAGCUGGUGGUGGGCAUUAUCGAUUAUAUUCGCACUUUCACCUGGGACAAGAAACUGGAGAUGGUGGUCAAGUCCACAGGCAUCCUUGGUGGCCAAGGUAAAAUGCCCACAGUGGUGUCCCCCGAGCUGUACCGCGCCCGCUUCUGUGAGGCCAUGGACAAGUACUUCCUCAUGGUGCCUGACCACUGGACGGGGCUCGGGGUGAACUGCUGAGACAGAGACCAGGGCUGUGUGAGUGGGGGGUGGGGUGGGCUGCAGAGUGUAUAACAGUUACCAACAGCUCAUCCCCACCGACCCUGGAGACAGGAGUCCCCUCCCCUCCCGUCUAGUGCACUAGACCUCAUGCGACCGCGCUGGACAGACCACGCCCAGCCCCCAGAGUUCAGCUCACAAACUGCCAGUGCCUCAGCCACAGACACUCGAUGACGAACGGUGCCACAAAUGUAUGUGAGUUGGACGGUUUUAGAGGGUGUGCGGACGCACACACACGCAUACGGAUGCGGAGACACCGACAUUCGUAUUUAUAGGAUCCUUGUGAGUUCCUCGUCUAGUUGUGUUGUACAUUUCAGUCACUUUGAUUGUGCCAACACUGAUGUUGUUUGGCUCUGUUUGCACUGAAGACAGCUGUUGACACGUUAGGCUGUAUGUAGUAUUGUGUGUUUUAAACUAAUGAUGAUAAUGAACGCUGUACGUUUUGUCAUACAUGUAAAGAGAUUAUGUAAUUAAAUAAUAUUAACAUAA